AUGGAAGAAUUAACUUCUGAGGAAAAGAAAAUGGAAGAGGAAGACGAAAAAACAAAAAAUGUGGGUGAAAAAGAAAAUAUUAAAUUAACUGAAAAAGCUAAAAUAGCCAAAUAUCUAACAGAAAUGUUAACAAAAACAUCUGAGGACCGUCCAAAACGAGAUGAGAAAAUUGCUUAUGUUUGGUAUUGUGAAUUGCAAUAUUGGGUAGCAAAGUUUGUUGAAAAAGAAUUUUCGUUGAAAGACAACAAAAAUGAAAGUGGAAAUGUUGGGAAAAUACUUGAUGAAAUGGAUGUUAUUGUUGAGGAAUUGGAAUAUAUUCGUUCGAUUUGGGGAAAAAUUUUGGGAAAAUUAGCUGAAUUGACUGACUUUAUUGGAAAGGAGUUUAAACGACGAAAGUAA